AUGUUUAGAUUGUCCAAUAUCUUGUUUAACAUGUACAUCUAAAAUAGAUUUUUUAACAUGCUAAUCUACUUUUAUAUAAACUAAAUUACAUUUGUAAAUUCAAUAAUUAAUGUUUAAAUUUAAGAACUGUAUAAAUUGUUUAAUUAAAAUAAUAGAUAAUUAAAAAAUCAAUAAUGUAUUUGUAUUGAUGGAUACUAUCCAAUUUUAUAGAAUCCUAAAUGUGAAAAAUGUCAUUAUUUUUGUUCCACUUGUACUGGACCUACUUUUAAUGAUUACUUAAUUUGCAAUAAUAUUGUUAAUAUUGAGAAUAUGGGAUCAACAUGUAUUAUUAAGAAUUCUCUAAAUCAUGCUUCUAGUGUCAUUAAUCAUGCUAAACUUGUUAUAGAGUAAAUUGAUGAUUGUUUAAGUUGUGAUAUUAAUUUAAAUAGAAUAUUAAAAGAUAAAAAUGUGAAUGUAAACCUGGCUAUUAUGAAUUAGAUAGUGUUUGUACAAGUAUUAAAAAUAAUAAUCAUUAUUGAUUGCUCGAUUACAGAAGAUGUGUUAUUAAGUGCAUGUUAUUUAUUAUGUAUUAAUAAAUAAUAAUUAUGACAUAUAAUUACUUGUAUUUCUUGUGAUUCUGGAUUUUUUUAAGUAUUUGGAAAAUGUGAAAUUUUUGGACAUUUACAAAUAAUUGAAUAUGAAUAAUGGGAAGAUAAUAAUAACAUAAUGGAUAAUUUAUGUUAUAAUUGUUAGUUUCAAUGUCCAACUCUUUGUAAAACUUGUGAUGAAUCAAUUACUUUACCUUGUCCUGAUAUUUGUGGAGAUGAAAUAGUUAUUGGAAUAGAAGAAUGCGAAGAUGGAAACAAUAUUAAAUAUGAUGGAUGUUUUGAUUGCAAAUAUUAAUGCUAAUCCUAAUGUACAAAAUAUCUUAAAGAAGAGUGUUUUGAAUGUUUAACUAAUGAAUGGCAAAUUGAUCUAAUAGUUCAACCGUGGUAAUGUAAAGAAAAAUUUGGAGAUUUAUAAAUAAUAGGAUAAGAAUAAUGUGAUGAUUGAAAUUAAGAUGAUAAGGAUGGAUGUUAAAAUUGUAAAUAUUUCUAUAGAAUUGGAUGUUCAUCUUGUAAUUAUGACACAAACACUUGUUUAAACUAUGUAUUACCUGAAUUUGUUCUAGUAAAAUAUUAUUGUAAAACUAUCUGCAGAGAUAAGUUGGUUGUAACAGAUCCAUAUGGAUUUUAUUUGGAAGAAUGUGAUGAUGGGAAUACAAUUAUUUAUGAUAAAUGUAGUAAGGAUUGUAAAUUUUAAUGCUAAAUAUUACAUAUUUGAAUUAGUUUUAUAAAUAAUAGAUGUUAAAUUAGUGUACUGGAUAUCAUCUAUCUAGUUAAAGUAUAUGUAUACGAAUUUGUGGAGAUUAAUUGCUAGUAGUUGGUGA